AUGUCCAUGAUGUUUCUGAAUAUCCACAUCCCCACAUACCUACAUGUCAAUGGACUCUUUACCGAGGUCCUGACCCACUUCUACAUCCGAGGGUGUAGAGUAGAGGUCCUGACCCACUUCUACAUCCGAGGGUGUAGAGUAGAGGUCCUGACCCACUUCUACAUCCGAGGGUGUAGAGUAGAGGUCCUGACCCACUUCUACAUCCGAGGGUGUAGAGUAGAGGUCCUGACCCACUUCUACAUCCGAGGGUGUAGAGUAGAGGUCCUGACCCACUUCUACAUCCGAGGGUGUAGAGUAGAGGUCCUGACCCACUUCUACAUCCGAGGGUGUAGAGUAGAGGUCCUGACCCACUUCUACAUCCGAGGGUGUAGAGUAGAGGUCCUGACCCACUUCUACAUCCGAGGGUGUAGAGUAGAGGUCCUGACCCACUUCUACAUCCGAGGGUGUAGAGUAUCCACAUCCCCACAUACCUACAUGUCAAUGGACUCUUUACCGAGGUCCUGACCCACUUCUACAUCCGAGGGUGUAGAGUAUCCACAUCCCCACAUACCUACAUGUCAAUGGACUCUUUACCGAGGUCCUGACCCACUUCUACAUCCGAGGGUGUAGAGUAUCCACAUCCCCACAUACCUUCAUGUCAAUGGACUCUUUUACUGCCACCUCUUUCUUAUCAGAACUUUUGGUAAAACAGAACACAGACAAUACAAAUGCAGUAUUAAAUAUAACGAAAUUUCUUGUACAAAUUACGGCUCUAUUUAGAAAGAGCUUAAAAAAGUAAGAUCAAGAGAUACAAGUAAGACCUUGAGGGCAAGCUUGUACAGCAGUUCUUAUGUUCUGGAGUUGAUGUCACUUGCUGAUGGCAAUAUUGCUACAGACAGUCAAACAAUGUUUUAACAAGUUUUAAUUGUGAUGUCACAGUAAAACGGCAUCAUCUGACUGUGACGUCAUCAUAGUACCAAUGUGUGUUACUUGUAUGCCACAUAGACAGAGGUGGGAGAAAUCAACAAAGUAUAACCCAUAUGUGAUAUUGGCAGGAUAUGGAGUUCAUGUACAUGUAUAUAUUCCUUGGUUCUUUUAACCAUGUCCCAAGUUAGGAAUACCAUUGCCCCAGGCAUUUAUUGUGAGAUUAUUUGUUAUUUUUGCCUAAAGAUAUCUUUUUUAGGAAAUUCUUUGCUCUUAAAAUUCUGUUACAUGAAAUCUGUUUGAAACCUCCGGUAUGAUUGAAUCCGAUGAUGGCUGAUGUUUUCACGUUUAAUGAAGGUUUAAAUCUGGUGAAUAAAAUCUUUUGUAUUUCCA